CCUGCUCUGUAACUCUGAACAGUUCGGGAUCUCCUUCUUAACUGGGUGAAGGUUGAGAUUUCCUAUCUUUCUUUUCCCUGUGUUUGUCUUGUCUGCUGUUACUAUAGAUUCUGCCUCCCAGAGUCAUGCUGUACACCGAGCUGAUCCAGUUAUGGGACGAAGCGGUGCAAGCCGUGGACACCCGAGACUGGGAGGGUGCUCUGUUGAAGCUCGUUCAGAUCUCUGAGCCCACGGCCCGCACUUUGUUUGUCACUGCGUCCGUCCAUCUCGCAUUGGGCCAGGUCGAGGAUGCAAUUAAAGCUCUGGAUCAGGUUAUCGCCAAGGAUGAGAGGCUUGCUGUGGGCUUCUUCCAAAGAGCUGCAGUGCACAUGAUGGCAGGAAGACUGGAUGAGGCUCUUGGUGACUGUAUUUGGGCUCAGAAGCACAUGAGAACCAAUGCUGUCAUUGACUAUAAACAGCUGGGACUGCGCUAUAGACUCUACAGCUGGCAGGUUCUUUACAAUGCAGCAGCUGUGCAUUGUAGACUCAAUCAGUGGAAUAAAGCUACAGAGAUCCUGCAGGCUGCUUUACAGGAGAACGGAGGAAGAGCAGGUCAAGUCGACUCGGCCAUACAGAGUGUAGCGAAGAGGGAGCUGAUUGCGCCCCUCCUGGUGCCAGAGGGAGUGGUGUUCCGGCCCAGGAAACAGUACGUGGAGGAGCUUCAGCCCAGAGACUUUCUGGGUAAAGCGGAGGUCAUCAUUUCUGACAUCCCGAAUGACGACUUUGGUGGUUUUGAACCUCUCAGGUUGCAGCAACCUGGAUAUUACGAGCCACAGGUCGAAGAGGGCCAGGACUCGCGCUACAUGCGUGUGAAGAAGACCUACAGUGGCAGGGGAGCAGGGGAGCUCACUGUGCCAGCUGGAGCUUACGUGUACGUGUUCAGCGAAGAGGACAGGGACGGGUUCGUCACGGUCAUAUAUGACGGCCAGAGAGGACUGCUGCCAAACUUCCUGCUUGAAACAGUGACGAAAAAAACAAAAGACAAGAGAAGAAGAAGCUCCGCUAGUGGGAUUCCUCUCCCCCCGAGCAUGAAGCCCCCUACACGCCCACAGGCUGCUGCUCCUCCUCUUCCAGCAUUGCCCUCUGUGUACAGAGGCAGCACACACACCUCAGCGUCUAUACUGCACAGACGUUCAGCCUUGAGAUCGAAUCCACAGACGUCGGAAGAAGACUCGGUCAUACUUAAGGUGCACUACACUUACACCGUCGCUCUGAGUGUCCCGUUGGAGACACCAUACCAGGAGCUGCAGGAGAGAAUCGCUCAGAAACUAGGGCAGCCUGCUGAACUCAUUCGUCUGAGAUAUAAGCAGCGUGGCUCCUCCGUCCUGACACCACUGGAGGACGAUGGAGGUGUGAAGAGCCUGGCUAAAGUGGCAGAAGCAGGACGAGCCACUCUGUGGUGUCAGGCUGAGAAUUCUCUAGGAAACAGGAGGAUUCUUUACCAGAUGGUGGCACUGUAUGACUACACGGCACAGGGGCCUGAGGACCUGGAGUUCAGUGAAGGGGACACCAUUGACAUCCUCAGUGAAGUGAAUGAAGAAUGGCUAGAAGGACACACAGCUGGGAAUGUUGGCAUUUUCCCCAGGUGUUUUGCCUACAGAGAAUCUUCAGAGAAAGACACAAGCAGUGAAGCGAUGUUACAAGAAAAUGUUAAGUAGUGACUGUAAAGAAAUGACGAUGUAUUGGUUGGGUAAUAUUUGAUACAUAUAAAGAAAAUGCAGUGCAGUAUUUAACAAAGCAUUUGACAUUCUAAUCAUAUUGAUUAUAUCAGAUCACAACUGAAGUUAUGUUUGCAUUUUUCUACUAGUGAUAUUUGUUGCUGAACCUGUUAUUUGCAUAUUGUAUAUUACUCCACUUAUGUUAAAUCUAUCUGCCAGGCAUAAUAAAAUCAAAUACUGUACAAUAUUAAUAGGUGGUAGAUUCUGGUGUUUGCAAAUUCCUAUAAAAAUGGAUCUUCUGAGUCUCA